UUGCUGGGGGAAAAAAAAGAGAAGAAGAAGAGGAGGAGGAGGGAAACCUUAGGCUUCUUUUCUUCAGAGGCAUUUAACUUGGAGUUUAUGGAGGCUGCAGCCGUGGAAAAUGAAGAUCUCUUCUGUGGUCUUCGCUCUCCUGACUCGAGCACUCUUUGAAGAUUUGUGUUUGGCGAUCAACGUCACCAUCACCCCUUCCCCCUUCACGGUGGCCCAGGAGGGCCAAAAUAUAACACUUUCUUGUAUUGUGUCCCAGCGGCGCCGCAACGCCGCUUUACCGGUAGUGAAAUGGACCUUCCUACCAGCAGGCACAGACCGACCAGAGGACGAACUCCUGAUCGCUCGUGUCAACAUGAGAAAGGCUCGUUUCUAUGGCAACUACACCAAGAGUUUCUCGUGGCCCAAGAUGAAGCUGACAGUGGUGAAACAGGGGAAGAUCUUUGACCUGCUGAUCUUGAAUGUGUCAGAGGGGGACCGGGGGCUCUACAUAUGCCGGGUUCAGGAGUUUAAAAAGCACCAGGACCGCUGGAAGGCCUCAUCAAAUGCCACUGCUGCUACUGAGCUCAGAGUGCAUGUCCUACCAGCCACCAAGGCCAAAGAAAGCCUGUGGAGCUUGUUUGAAGAUGUGUACCUUUGUGCGGUACUGAUCUGCUCAGUGGGCCUGCUGUGCAUGUGCAUGUUCACGGUGACGGUAACCUGCCAGUACAUACAGAGGAAGCAGAGGUUAAAAGAUAAUUACCACUUGGUCAAAAGCCCUCAGAACAGCUCAGGAGAAACAGUCACUAGUGUGAUCAGUGUGUCUCCUGCCCUGCCUAAGAAGGAGAGGAGGUACAGGAAGAAAAGGAGCAGAGACUACCAAGAGGAGAUACCACCAGAGAUACCAGCGAAAGCUCCCAUUGGAGACAAAACACGGAAACCCAAACUUUUAAAACCACAACCAAGGAAAGUAGUCUUGCCCAGGAUUGUGGAGGAGAAUCUGACCUACGCAGAGCUGGAUCUGGUGAAGCCAAUUCCGGAAACCAAGGCAUCAUGUAGCGGCACAGUGUACGCUCAGAUACUGUUUGGGGAACAGCAGCUAUGAGAGAAACACACACACACACACCACUAAUAACUGUUCCUUAUGUAAAAAGUGUUGUUUAUUUAUAGUCUAUAUUAUUUUGUAUUCAAAUGGUUUUUGAGAAGCAAAAUGUCUCAAAAUUAUAACGAAAUUGUACAUAUAAUUUUAUAUGAACUUUGAUAUAACUUUCUUUUAAGAGACCAAGGUGCAAAAGUAAAUGUUUUGUAUACCCUACUGGAGUAUUUCAUGGUAGUAUUUUUCUUUUGCACCCAUGUUUGAAUCCUGUGUAGCUUAAACUGGGAACACAAUAGAAGACUUUUGGGCUGAUUUAGAACAGAUUUGUCCAUCAUGACAAUCGAAAGGGACAUUGGAGAUUGAACUUGCAGCCGUAAUCAUACCAAACAUAGCCUACUUCAUACUGCAACCUAAAAUCUGCAGGCUAAUAUGAGUCCUGUGGUGUGUGGCAGUCACAGCCGAUGAGAGUCAGGUUUACCCUGGAACAAAGUGAAGUAAGAUAUUGUUCUGUCUCCAUGAAAGAUUUCCUGUUAACACCUUAUCCCAAGAGGGAAAAAUUGUGUUUGUCUAUAUAGUACAACCUCCAUUGCUUCCAACCUUGUACACAAUUGUGUCAAGACAAACGCUAACCAUACUUCUGUUUGUUUAUAACUUAUUAGGAAUAGUUUGACAUUUUGGGAAAUACGCUUAUUCACAAAUUAGUAUUAGAUAGGAAUAUCAAUACCAAGCUCAUCAUGUCUGUGCAUUAAUUAUGAAGAGCUAGAACGAGGAGUUGACUACUUUGUUUAGCAUUAGUGAGAGUAAACAGCAUAGCUCUAGCUAGCUAGCUGGCUAGCCCGGCUAGGGGGAGCCACGUGCUCUAACAAUAUCUUAACUGACAACACUUUCUUUGUCCACCUAACACUUCCAUGCUACAUCUUCACUAUCUUCCUGGCAACUUCAUGGGGCCAACAAGACUGAGGGAAAUCACUACCCCUGACUGUUAAUCACCAAGAAAUAGGUACAGCAAUCCCAAUACAAAUGCAAAUUGUCAAUUUACAUUUCUGUUUCUGUAUGGAUUCAAACAAAAGAGCACAAACUGUUAAUUAGUGAGCUUAGAAGUGCUGGUGGGUGUAUUUUUGGACUUUGGAGAGAACCAGCAAGCUGUUUCCCCUCAGUGUUUAUGCUAAGCUAAGCUAAUUGACUCCUAGCUCUGUCUUUAUGUCUAAUGCACAGACAUGAGAGUGGUAGCAUUCUUGGCAUCUAACACCUGGCAAGAAAGCAAAUCAGGUAUUUCCCAAAAUGCCCAAAAUUUGUAUUUAAAAUUUAUAAAUGCACAUCAUUUCGGGUGCUAGCAUUUCCACAAAUUGAAACAUAUGAAGGCUUGAUUAUCUAAGCAAAAAAAUGUCAUUCUGUUUUCACACUUCACAUGAUAUACUGGUUCCAGUGAGAUCGUAAUGUCUGUGACGUUUCUUACAUAAUUUAUUGUGGGAAACCCCAUCAAGAGUGAGCAGAUUUAUGAAAGAAAGACACAAUAAAUCAGAGAUAUCUGUUGUUAUGAAUGUGAACCAAUGCACUUUCAAAUGUGAUUUACUUCUAGUGUGUUCCCAGCAUUAUCUGCCUCACAACAUCUGUGUUCAGUCUGUUUUUGUAUGUCAGACUGCAGUUUAUAAUGACCCUAACUCCAGAGAGUUGAUACUAAAGUAGCGAUUAGCCCACGAAAUACCCCCACAUAUGUGAGACCAGUCCUCUCAUCUGAUGCCAACAUCAACUUAACAGGCUGUUAGCGAUACACACACACUUACAUACACAUACAUACAAGGGUGGAGUUACAUGUAGGCUAAACAGCCUUGUAAGUUCACACACAAAGGCACAUACUGUAAAUCUGAAAAGCUGCAAACAAUUGUGACACCUGAUCUACAAACAGGAGCAAACUAAGACUAACUGUCUCUGGACUAUUUCACAUUAAUGUAAGUCAUAGAUUGCUUCAAAUCUUGAGGUUAUUUUGUUGUUCCAGAUGAGAUAAGAGCCAGUGGCUAUAUUGGCUUUAAUCCCACAUACCUUUACCACGGUCUCUUUGCUUUCCACUUUCCGUGAAUCUGAGUGUGAAAGUGCUUAGGCCUCUUUUUCCAUAAUGAUCCUCUGGAUUCAGGCAUGGAAAAGCAAAGGAGAUUUUUUCAAACAGUUAACUUGAAACCCAGACACAAAGGCACCGGAUCCCUCCCUCCCUUCAAGACUUCCACUAUCUUAUGUGGAGUUAUCCAUGGAGAUGGAGCCUUUCUAGGGUGCAAGUCUCACUUUCCACUGCAUGUUGGCUGAGAUCCAUGUGCCUCCUUUUCAGCCGUCAAAUGUUAGCUAAACCAGCUAAGUCAUGUAGUAAAAUGAUUUGAUGUCAGUCAUCUCUCUUGUGUAAAAAGCUUAAGAAUGAACUGUAUGUAGUAUUUGCUUUAGUUAUGUACUCUAACCACUUUCUCAGAAAUAUGUAGAAACUAUGGUUAGCUAACAGGCUGAUUUACACAUAAAAUCAUAUAGUCUCCAGUCAUAAUAAAAAAUGUAUUUGACCAUAUCAUUUUGAAACUGGUGAGAAAAUCAAGUUGUUUGAAUGUACACCAAUCAGCUGCCGUAGCUGCCGAAAUGCUGACCUCCAAUAUGGCUGCCAUGGGACAAGUUGUGUCAGUACAGGACAAAGUUAGAUUUCUAGCUAUCACUUCAAAUGUAUGAUUAAUUCCAACAGUAAGUUGGUGGUUAUGGACUUUAACAUUGCUUUCUUUCUUGCCUAUAUAUUACAUUUCAAUUCAAACCACUAUACACCUCCAUUUGUCAACAUUCCAAUACUCCUCUGUCAUUCACUUCUGUACAUUUCAGUUGCACAGUGUGUAUUAUCAGUAUAUGAAAUGACUGAAAGUGACCUUUUGGUGGUGGGCAGAAGUGUUUUAAAAAUGCCCUUAAACUGUGAAAUUUAAAGUUUCUUCCAGACCACAGUGUCCUCAAUGGGAGUCCACUAACUAGAACCAUGUGUGUGAAUAGUGUCUCUCUGCUCUCCCUCUUGGUUUUCCCUCUCUCUGCCCACCACUGACCUCUGCAGUAAUCAACAUUCCAGCAUUUCUGCUUGUGUUCAUUUUGUACAUUUCGGCUGUACAGUGUGUAUCAAUAAGUGAAAUAAAUAUUAAAGUGG